GUUGGACUCACCAGUCACCACAACGGCGUAACCAUUUCCACUUCCACAAACAAAAUGAAAAAAAUUGGCAGCUUUUCGUCUCUAAUCAACCGCCGAUGCUCCGCCACCGCCAAAACCUAUCUCAGACGGCUAUCAACCAAGACAUCCGAUGGCCGAGACGAAUGGAACGAUGCGUGGGAAACAGCGUGGCUCCCUGAAUAUUUAUCCGCGAAAAACCGAGCACCAUGGGAAGCAGACGUCAAUUUCUCUAUUGCCGAUACACCAGAGGCUCUCGAUCCAGAUACGAAGGCGUUCGUUGAAGACAUGAGUGAUAAUUGGGAGCAGAGGAGGAAAAAGGUCGGGAGUAAGAGCAAGCGACAGGAAGAAGAAGAAAGGCUGCUGAAGAUGAAAGAAGAAGGAAAAUCAUUGUAUAGUUUGGAGAAUGUGAAAAUGGAUUAUAGGGUUAUGAAACAAAGGGUUCAUGCUGGUUUAUGGGUUAAAGAGAUUGAGAAGAUGGAAGAGGCUAAAUUGGGUGAUUCCAGUGGAGGCGCUGGUGAUGAUCUCGAUAGAUUCCUUGACAGCGCUUCUGAGAUUUUCGACUCAAAACCUACAGAUUCUUCCGAUUUGAAGAACAAGCCAGAUGGAUGGGAAACAACGUCAAAGGCACAAGAUGGGAACAUCUGGGAAAUGACCCAAAGAGAAGAAGACAUUCUUCUUCAAGAGUAUGAACGUCGAAUCGCCUUCAGCAAAUUCCAGAUCGCUAGCUUUAUAAAACAACACAUAUUCAGUAGAAGGAGACCGAUUGAUGGAUGGAAGUACAUGAUUGAAGAAUUAGGGCCAAAUGCAAGAAGAGGGAAGGGAAGUGUUACAAGAUUACCUAGUCUUGCUGAUGCCUCCACUCAACCAUUUAAAGAGGAGAAGAUCCCAAUUAGUACUGGUGUUCCGACUAGGGGAAGAUAGGCCUGGUGCCACUUAUUUAGAGCAUCCACAAUUUCCACAAUUCUAAAAAAAAAAAAAAAAAAAAAAACUCCACAAUGGUAUAUAACUUUUCAUCAACUUAUUUCAGUAGACAUGUAAUAGAUUGUUCAUUGAAGGGUUAAAAUAGCAACCGGCUUCCAUUAAUUUCUUUAUUAUACCAAAAAUCUACCCGUGCGUUGCAAUGUCUUGUGUCAUCCAAAUACAAAAUUAAAAAACUUUCUGAAUUAAUAAGAAGAAUAUUGGAAGUACAUUGCUAUA